AUGGCUCCUGUUCGAACUCAUGAUGCUGUCUCUACAGCUGACCCCAAAUCAACCCACGAGCGUCCGCAUAAACGCCGACGCGUGCAAACGGCCCAGUCGACCGAACCUUCUGCACCUGGCGUCUCGAAACUAAAAGCUUCACUGAGGCAAACGCGGAGACUACUCGCGAAGGACUUCCUGGCGGCAGAUGUACGCGUUGACACAGAACGUCGGCUGCAUGCACUCGAAGCCGAGUUGGCGGCGGCGGAACAGGCGAAUAAAGAGCGUGCAAUGGCUACCAAAUACCAUAGGAUAAAAUUCUUCGACCGCAAAAAGCUGCUUCGACGGGUGAAACAAGUCCAACGCCAGCUCGGCGCAGAAGAGCUUUCCAGCAAAGAACGCAAGAAACUUGAACGUACUCUCGGCGAUCUCCGUGUCGACUUGAACUACGUCACUCAUUACCCAAAGGCCGAACGCUACAUCUCUCUCUUCCCGCCAGAAGUACGACAACACGAUCACGACAGCGAGGAGGCGCACACUGUCGAGCCUAUCCAUAUGCACAAAGGCCAAGAACCUGAAAAUGCCACGGAUAAGCGGCGAGAAGAGCUUCGAGCGUGGAUACGCGAGAGAAUGGAGGCAGGAGAGUUUGCCCGAGAGCCCGAAGUUGGCGGAGACCCUGAACAGGAUGAGGGUCGGAGGAGCAUAGUAUCGGCUCCUCAAUUUGACAGUGGAAAGGCGGAUACCGUUAUGGAGGGUGGUGAUGAAGAGCAGUCUGACGCUGCGCCGACGCGACCAAAGGCUAAGAAGAUCAAGCGGAGAAAGAGUAAAGGCGAGGAACCAGACGGAUCUUCUGCCAAUCAAACAACAGAGACAAAUCCUGCGAGGGAGGAGCAUGCGCGGCCCACGAUGAAGCAUAAGAAUGUGGGGACAAGGUCCAAGACACCCAGGACGGGCGAGGGAGCAUCUGCGAAGAUCGGUCUCGCAGGAGACGAUUUCUUCGGCGAUGAUUAG